GGGCCACUCCUCCCGGAGCGCGGCCUCUCCUCCCGGGCCCGCGGGGUCAGCUGACCGCGGCGAGCACACUCCAGCGACCUGCGCUUUCCGGAUCUGGCGCCGACGGCGGACAGACGGCGGACAGACGGCGGACAUGCGACGGCCCGCGCUCCUGCUGCUGCCGCUGCUGCUGCUGCCGGCCCCCGCCCCGGGCCGCGGCGCCGCGCCCUUCCAGCCCACCUGGGAGUCCCUGGACGCGCGCGAGCUGCCCGCCUGGUUCGACCAGGCCAAGAUCGGCGUCUUCGUGCACUGGGGCGUCUUCUCCGUGCCCAGCUUCGGCAGCGAGUGGUUCUGGUGGUACUGGCAAAAGCAACAGAUACCGAAGUUUGUGGAGUUUAUGAAAAAUAAUUACCCUCCUGGAUUCAGAUAUGAAGAUUUUGGACCACUAUUCACAGCAAAAUUUUUUGACGCAAACUGGUGGGCAGAUGUUUUUCAGGCCUCUGGUGCCAAAUAUGUUGUCUUAACUUCCAAACAUCACGAAGGAUUCCCCUUGUGGGGUUCACAGUACUCGUGGAACUGGAAUGCUGCCGACGAGGGCCCCAAGAGGGACGUCGUCAAGGAGCUGGAGGGAGCCAUUCGCAACAGAACCGACUUGCGUUUCGGGCUGUACUACUCCCUUUUUGAGUGGUUUAAUCCCCUCUUCCUUGAGGAUCAAGCCAGUUCGUUUCAGAAGCGACUGUUCCCAGUUUCUAAGACGUUGCCUGAGCUCCAUGAGUUGGUGACUGCCUACCGGCCCGAGGUGCUGUGGGCAGACGGCGACGGAGGGGCCCCUGACAGCUACUGGAACAGCACCGGCUUCCUAGCCUGGCUGUACAACGAGAGCCCCGUUCGGGACACGGUGGUCACCAACGACCGCUGGGGAGACGGCAGCAUCUGCAAGCACGGCGGCUACUACACCUGCAGUGACCGCUACAACCCGGGGCACCUGCUGCCUCAUAAAUGGGAAAACUGCAUGACGAUAGACAGGUUCUCCUGGGGCUACAGGAGGAACGCGGGGAUCCAGGAGUACCUGACGAUCGAAGAGCUGGUGAAGCAACUUGUAGAAACAGUUUCCUGUGGAGGAAAUCUUUUGAUAAAUGUUGGGCCCACGAAAGAUGGCAUAAUUUCUGCAAUUUUUGAGGAGCGGUUAAGGCAAAUGGGGACCUGGCUAAAAGUCAAUGGAGAAGCCAUUUACGGAACGCAGCCUUGGAGGGCCCAGAACGACACUGUCACCCCGGAUGUGUGGUACACGGCCAAGCCCAAGGAAGGGCUCGUCUACGCGCUUUUCCUGCGAUGGCCGGUGUCAGGGCAGCUGUCCCUCAGCCAGCCCCGGACAACGCUGGGGACGACGGAGGUGACACUGCUGGGACACGGGCAGCCCCUCCGCUGGCUCUCCGUGGGGGGCGCCGGCCUGCAGGUGGAGCUGCCGCGGCUGACGGCCAACCAGCUGCCCUGCCGGUGGGGCUGGGCGCUCGCCCUCCGCCACGUGCUCUAAGGCGCAGGGGUCCCGGGAGAAACGCCGCGGCCCCUGGAGCACAGGAGGAACGCAGGCAUCCGUGUGGGUGGGCACGCUGCCCCUGCUUCCUUCCUAAGUGACCUGUGGAGCCAUUUAAAACCCCGGCAGCACUUGGCCAUUCGAGUCUCUGCACAACCACCUGGUUUCCACUUGUCAUUGGAGAUGAGAUGACAGCUCGGAACUGGUUUGUAAUAAACUUGGCCUAAAAUUUG